UAUUGGGUAAUACAGUCCGCAAACAUGGCUGCUCCCGCAGGACCGAAAGGGACGUCAGCCUCCAACCUGCCCGGGUUUGAAGGUUUCCCGUUUCCCGUAGCCGCUAAACCACCGGAGGACAGCUCCGGUAAGGAGCCGGCGGAGCAGACCGGGGGUGUGAAGAAGAAGCCGUGCAGAGCUUGCACGGACUUUAAAUCCUGGAUGAAGACCCAGAAGAAACCGACAACUGCUGUACAGGAGACCCGAGCUGCAGAGUCGGAGCCACAAGACCCACAAUGUCCAUUGGACAGGGAGGAGUUGGGGCGUAACACCUGGUCCUUCCUGCACACCAUGGCGGCAUAUUAUCCCGAGAGUCCAUCUUCCACCCAGCAGCAAGAGAUGGGGCAGUUUGUGAACCUUUUCUCCAAGUUCUUCCCGUGCGAUGAAUGUGCAGAAGACCUCAGGGGCAGAUUGAAAACCAAUCAGCCGGACACCAGGAGUCGCCACACUCUCUCUCAGUGGCUCUGUCAUAUCCACAAUGACGUUAACGUCCGUCUGGGCAAGGCAGAGUUCGACUGCUCCCGCGUCGAUGAGCGGUGGAAAGAUGGAUGGAAAGAUGGUUCCUGUGACUGAUGGACGAGAGGUGUGAGGACUGUGAGGCCUCAGUGGAACUCACAACUCUGUUGUGGAGAAACUUAACGUGAGGAGAGACGAUGUUGUGCACUUCACAUUCUUGUUUUGAGGUCAGUUAAUAAAACUGAUCCGGUAACAAAAUGGAAGAUACAAAACAAAUACUUAUCUCUCUCGGGUGAGAACCAAUACUGAACCUCUUGUUAAUACUGGUUGUGGGGCGUUUGCGAUAUAAUUGUUUCUUGAAAUUUUACAUUCAAUCUUGUGUUUGUUGACCAACGUAGUCCCGACGUGUCUCUUAAAACAGAACGUUAAAUCGGACCAUUACAAUGUUUUCUAGUCUGUACUGAAGUCAGAAGACUCUAAAUAUCACGUCCUUAAAUGUGAGAAUAAUUAGAAAAUGUUGAUAUUGUCAGUGAUUAGAGGCAUCUCCAAUUAAUUCAUUUUUAAUGUCAUAUGUCAUAUACACAUACAUGUCAUAUUUACAGUAUGUAGUAUAUGCCAUGUACACAUAUAUAUGUAUGU